AUGGAGGGUUUUAAUUUAAAAAAUACUUUUUUCUCAUGUAUAACUAUUAUAGUAUUAAUAUUAUCCAUGCUCUUUUUUUAUGAACCCGCUCAAAACUUACUGUGUAGCUUUGCGAUUUUUGAACGAUUCUUAAUUAACACACCAAAAGUGUGUUCUCUUUUCGAUACAACUCGAUUAAGUCGGUAUAAAGGUGUUGAUGGAGGCAAAAUAUAUUUAUCCAUUCUGGGUAAUGUGUUUGACGUGACAGAGGGUAGAAGAUUCUAUGGACCUGGUGGUUCGUAUAGUGGAUUUUCCGGUCGUGAUGCCAGUCGUUCAUUUAUAACUGGCUUAUUUGACGAAGAAAACCUAACUGAUCAUGUCAGUGAUAUGGAUCCAAAUGAUUUAAUAGGACUGGAUACUUGGAUCAAUACUUAUAAGAAAAAAUACAAAGAAAUUGGAAAAUUAAUUGGACGUUAUUAUGAUUCAUCUGGUAAAGAAACUGAUUACUGUAAAUUGGUGUUUGAAAAAAUAAAAUCAAGUAAAAUGGCUAAAGUAGCUAAAAAUGAAGAAAUGGCAAAAUAUCCAAGUUGUAAUAUAGAAUAUGUUCAAGAAAAUCAAAAAAGUAAAGUCUGGUGUACUAAAUUGAGUGGUGGCAUUCAAAGAAAUUGGAUUGGAGUACCUCGUAAAUUACAAUCAUUGGAUGAAAAUGGAAAGUUGUCUAUACGCUGUGCAUGUGUACAACUAGAUACCCUAAGCAAAGCUGAACUAAUGCAUAUCAAUGAGUAUGAGGAUUGUGAUGCUAAUGCGACAACUUGUUACGUCACAAUUAGUUAA